AUGGAGUUCGUGAAAUUAACGCUUGCGGUGUUGCUGCUGCUAGCGUUCGUCACCGUCACCACGAUGGCUCGCUCUUCCAGCCUAACGAGCCGGUCAGAUUCGGCACCACGCGGUUGCAAAUGGCAGCGUAUCCUUGACGACACCGGCGAGGACGAAGCGACCGUCACGACGGUGCUGUCCUGCAAGCUAAAAACGAUCGGCGGAACGGACACGCUGAUGCGGAACCUAACCAGCUACCAGAUUGACCGCAUUAACGCGCUCCGGCUCGAGUGCAGCGACAUCCUGUUCUUCGAGAGUUCCCUCGAAGCGAACCAGCACUCGGGGGCGUUUCUCGGGUCGCUGCGACGCCUGCGAGACCUUAAGAUCGAGUACUGCAAGAUCAAGUACGUGCCUUCGAUGGUGUUGGCGACUCUGCGCGAUUUACGGUCGCUUUCGCUUCGCACACACAACACCGACUGGUCGGCGAUGAACCUGGAGUUCCAUCCGGAGAGCUUCCGUGGGCUGACCGAGCUGAAGCGGCUCGAUCUAGCCGACAACAACAUCUGGAGUCUACCGACGGAUGUGUUCUGUCCGCUGUUUUCCUUGCGACAUCUUAAUCUCACGCGGAACCGCCUGACGGAUGUGUCUCAGCUUGGGUUUUCGGAUUGGGGCAGUGGCCCAACGGCACCGGGAAAAGCGUGCAACACCGGUCUCGAGGUGUUGGACCUUUCACACAACGAUCUGCUCGCACUACCCGACAAUGGGUUGUCAUCGUUGCGAUCGCUAAGCGUGUUGAUGCUGCAGGACAACCUACUGACGGCGUUGGCCGAUCGAUCGUUCGUUGGACUCGGUUCCCUAAAGGUCCUCAACAUGUCCAGUAACAAGCUGGUGGCGUUGCCACCCGAAACGUUCCAAUCGACACGUGAACUGCGUCAGAUCUACCUACAGAACAACUCACUCUCCGUGCUUGCCCCGGGUAUGCUCGAAGGGCUCGAUCGGCUCGAAAUCCUGGACCUUUCGCACAACGAACUAACGUCGGAGUGGGUCAAACGGAACACCUUCGCCGGGUUGAAGCGACUCGUCGUGCUCGAGAUCGCGCACAACGCGCUCACCAAACUCGACCGGCACGUGUUCCGGGAGCUGUACAGCCUGCAGAUCCUGAACCUGGAAGCGAACGCGAUCGAAUCGAUCGCGGACAGUGCGUUCGCGGAUCUCAAGAACCUGGUCGCGCUGACGCUUUCCCACAACCGGCUGAAGCGCAUCGAGCAGCACCACUUCGCGGAACUGUACGUGCUCAACCAGCUGUACGUGGAGUCGAACGCGAUCGAGUCGCUGCACGGGCGUGCCCUCGAAAAUCUCACCAACCUGAACGAUCUCAACCUGAACGACAACCGGCUCGAGGAAAUCCCGGCCGGGUUGGGUAAGCUGCGCUUUCUGAAGUCACUCGAUCUGGGGAAAAAUCGCAUCAGCUCGGUGAGCAACGCGUCGUUCGAAGGACUCGAGCAGCUGCUUGGCCUGCGGCUGGUUGAAAAUCGCAUCACGAACAUCUCGCGGGAUGCGUUCGUGACGCUGUCCUCGCUGCACGUGCUUAACCUCGCGUCGAACCGCAUCCGGCACAUCGACCAGUCCGCGUUCAGCUCGAACCCAACGAUCCGUGCGAUUCGGUUGGACGCGAACGAGCUGGAAGACAUCAGUGGGGUGUUUACGUCCCUGCCGGCGCUCGUCUUCCUGAACGUGUCCGACAACGCGAUCCGGUUGUUUGACUAUUCGCACUUUCCGGUGUCGCUCGAGUGGCUCGACAUGCACCAGAACAACGUGACUGAGCUGGGGAACUACUUCGAUCUGAGCAACCUGCAGAUCAAGAUGCUCGAUGUGUCGUUCAAUCGGCUAACGGCGGUGGAUGCUCGCUCGAUCCCGGACAGCAUCGAGACGCUGUUUCUGAACAACAACGCGCUCGAGGAGGUCGCCGCUGGGACGUUCCUUGCGAAACGUUCGCUCGAGAAGGUCGUCCUGUAUGGGAACUACCUGCGGAAGCUGGAAAUUGGUGCGCUCGCGCUCACACGCGUCCCAGACGAUCGUGACGUGCCGGCGUUCUAUCUCGGGGACAAUCCCAUCCACUGCGAUUGUACGAUGGAGUGGCUGCAAGGCAUCAACAAGCUGGCCCACCUGCGGCAACAUCCACGCGUGAUGGACCUCGAUACGGUUCUGUGCACGAUGGAGCACGAUCGUGGGGCCAGCAUCCGGCCGCUCGUUGAUCUCCGGCCGCACGAUUUCUUGUGCCGGUAUGAAACGCACUGUUUCGCCACCUGCCACUGCUGUGAGUUUGACGCGUGCGAUUGCAAGAUGACGUGCCCGGAUCGAUGCAGCUGCUAUCACGAUCACACGUGGAAAGCGAACGUGGUCGAUUGCGGUGGUGCGGAUUACACCGAGGUCCCGGAACACAUCCCGAUGGACGCGUCCACCAUCUACCUGGACGGGAACGAGCUGCGGCAGCUCGCGAGCCACCAGUUCAUCGGCAAGAAGAAGCUCGAGGUGUUGUACCUGAACGGGAGCAACAUCCGGGACGUGCACAAUCGCACGUUCAACGGCAUCCCGAGCCUGCGCGUGCUGCAUCUCGAGGGUAACUACAUCGGCGAGCUGCGCGGGUUCGAGUUCGAUCAGCUGACGAACCUGAACGAGCUGUACCUCGAUCAUAACGCGAUUGCGUACGUCGGUGAGCGGACGUUCGCGAACCUGCGCUUCCUCGAGGCGGUCGAUUUGAGUGACAAUCGCAUCAGCGAGUUUCGCCCGUGGCAAGCGUUUGCGGCUGCCAGUGAAACGGGCUCGCUGGCACGGGUCGCUCUCGAUGGCAACCGGUGGCGGUGUGAUUGUGAGUCCUUGCGGCGGCUUCAGCGGUGGAUCCGCACGGUUAAGGGCACGUUCGAGCUGCAACGGAUGAUUUGUUCCGAUAGCCGCGUUGUCGGUGAUGCGAUCGCAUCCUGUGAGUCUGCUGGGGGCGCUAGUGUCGGAGGAACUGGUGAUCUUGCAAUCGGUGAUGGUGGUGAUGGUGAAGGACCUCCAGCUGUCCACCGGACGGUGCUGCUUGGUCACGGUGGACUCAUCGGUGGUGGAUACGUGCCACUGCUAGCAGCCGUUUUGGUCGCGAUCAUCGGCACAGCCCUAAUCGUAGCGCUUGCGUGCGUUUUCCGACAGGACGUCCGGCUUUGGGCACACGCUCGGUAUGGCGUACGGCUCGUAAAGGAUCCCAUCAUCGUGGGACGUAAGGAAACGGACACGGACGAUCGACUGUACGAUUGUUACCUCGUACACAGCGUGCACGAUAGCGAUUUCGUUGGGCGUCUGCUCGGUGCAGAACUACAACUCCACGGGUACUCCGUGUGCCUGCACCAUCGAGACGUCCAUCCGGGUGCGUUCCUUGCCGAUUCACUGCAAGGUGCUGCUGAUGCCGCACGGAAACUCCUGCUCGUCGUGUCGAUGAACUUCCUGCAGACGGAAUGGUCCCAGCCGCAGUUCCGUGUCGCACUUCAAUCCGUCAUCGAGAGCAUCCGGCCAGGACAUCGGCGGCACAAGAUCGUCCUUGUGCUAACGGCCCCAGUCGAGAUCGUGGCGAUGGAUCCGAUCAUGCAUCUGCUCAUCCGCACGUGUACCGUUGCGUGUUGGGGCGAGCGUAAGUUCUGGGAUAAAUUGCGGUACGCGCUUCCCGAUGUCCCGAAGGAUCGUGCUCCUGCGAAACUCGGUGACAUUACGCGUAGCCCGGCUAAUCUCCGGUACACACCCGCACCGACGUCGCUCGAGCAGUGGUGCAAGAUCAGCCCAGGUGUAGCUGUGGGUGGUGCGAUCGACGCUUCCGGUGUUCCGGUGAUGGCCGGUGUACCUCCAACGGCACCACCCGUACCGGUUUCGAUUCCACCGCAGAGUACACCGUCACAGAGCACGUGCAACACCGAGGAUGAAUCGUCGUCGUCGGCGUCCUCGCAGCAUUACGAGGCGCCAAUGAGCCAGCACAGCCACUACAACAUGAGCCGCUCCAGUGCCUCGCUUGGUCACGUGUACUCCACGAUACCGGAAACGCCCCAGAUGGGCCGCAACGGUAGAGCUUAUUUCGUGUAA